AUGAGCAUUGAUUUGUUACCAAAUGAAGAAAAGCGCUUACAUUCAAUAUUAGAUAGAGGAAUUGAAGCCAUGAGGAAUAGUGCAGAGUUCAGCAAUUCACAGAUUAGUAAUAGUAAAAGCCAGUCAAGGCUAGAUAACUCGUUUAAAGGGAGUGGGAAUAAUUUACAGGAUUCUAGUAAAGGUUCAAACAUAAAUAAUGAGCUUUUAGCUUUACAAGAAAAAUUUGCCCAGCUUGAAGCGAAGCUGGCAAGAAGAUCACCGUCGCCUAUAGAACAUAUAAAAACAGCGAAUGCUGUAUUGUUGCCUUCAAAAUCCUCUCUUAAAUCUUCAAGAAAAUCCCCGAAACGAUCAUUAACUCAUUAUUCCUCAAAUUCGCCAAAUUUAUCGAGAAAUUCUUCUAAAAAAUCACCAUUGAGGUCAAAAAAAAAUUCAAGAAAAUCGUCUACAAGCUCACUGAGAAGGUCAAAUUCUAAUAGCAAAGUAUACCAAAGCAUUGAGAACUCUGAAAGAGAAAUUAAUAAAUUAGAAAGAAGCUUAACUCCACAAUCAAGGUCACAGACUAUUAAUAUUAAUAGACAAAUUGAUAAAAUUAGACAGCAGCUGGAAGAGGAAAGGAAAAUUGGAGAAAAGCUUGUAAGGGAAAAUGAAAAUUUAAAAAAAGAUUUGGGGAAAAGAGACGAAUUGAGGAAAAAAAUAGCAAAACUGCAAGAUGAUUAUAAUGAGCUUGCGAUUUCAUUCGAAAGAAGCGAAGCAGUUAGGAAAAAACAGAAAGAGCUUAUAGAAAAACUAAAAAGCGAACUAAGAGUUUUACAAGGAGAGCCAGAAAACAGAGAAUUGCCUAGAAACGCUGAACAAUACAUAAGGCCUCCUACUGCAAAAAUUCGAAAAAAGGCAGGUAAAAAAGGUAAAAACUAA